UCAGCCUGAUAUUCUGAACCUCAGCCUGAUAUUCUCAACACCUGAGCCUGAUAUUCUGAAUUUAAGCCUGACAUCCUGAGCAUCUAAGCCUGAUAUUCUGAAUACCUAAGCCUGAUCUGCUGAACAUCCGAGCCUGAUCUUCUGAACACCUGAGCUUGACAUCCUGAGCAUCUAAGCCUGAUAUUCUGAACAUCUGAGCCUGAUAUUCUGAAUUUAAGUCUGACAUCCUGAGCAUCUAAGGCUGAUAUUCUGAACCUAAGCCUGAUAUUCUGAAUUUAAGCCUGAUAUCCUGAGCAUCCAAGUCUGAUAUUCUGAACACCUAAACUUGAUAUUCUGAACCUAAGCCUGGUCUGAAUACCUGAGCCUGAUCUGCUGAACACCUGAGCCUGACAUCCUGAACAUCCAAGCCUGAUAUUCUGAAAACCUGAGCCUGAAAUCCUGAAGAUCUAAGCCUGAACAUCUAAGGCUGAUAUUCUGAACCUAAGCCUGAUAUUCUCAACAUCUGAGCCUGAUAUUCUGAAUUUAAGCCUGACAUCCUGAACAUCUAAGCCUGAUAUUCUGAAUACCUAAGCCUGAAAUUCUGAGCCCAAACCUGACAUCCUGACCACCCAGCUGAGCUCCAAGGUGGAGGGGGAUACCAAAGCCCACUGAGCAGCCCAAGCCCAUCACAGCCACCCUUUGGGACCUCUUGGGAUCGGAAUUUUGGGAAAAACAACAGCAAAAUUCAGCAGGACUCGGGAUUCUAAACCAAAAUUAAAAUCACUGCCAAACUUCCAGCAGAUCUGCUUUGGGAGAGACUGGGAAAAGCAUCUGAAAGAAGCAAAUUGUGCUGAGCAGGGAGCAGGGAGACCUUUCCUUGCUGCCCCACGAUGAUCUCUGCCUGAGGGCUCCUGGAGGAGACAGAAGAACCCUUUGCAAGCUCCUUCCCACCUCUGCCAGACCAAAAGCAAGGAAAUCUUUUUGGAUAAGAGCGUGGCUUGGUGGAUCUCCUUGAAGGAUGCCCGGCCAGGAGCCUGAGGACUUUGGAGCAGAAAUCCCGUCGGAAAAAUCCCGAAUGAUCCCUGGGCUCCCCCCGUACGACAUGGACGAGCAGCUCCUGCCCAGGCAGCCCCGCAGCCCCUGCUGCUGCCUGGCCUGGACCCUGCUGAUAGGAACCAUGAACUGCCUGGUUUUCCUCCUGAAUUUGCUCCUGAUGUUGGUGAUCUUCACCGUCGUGCUCCUUCCUACCAUCGUGGUGGUUUACUUUGGCUUCCAGUGCCACUCCCAGGUGCUGCACUCCUCCGCCCGCUACUGCAAGAGCCUCCUGGACGACAACAGCUCCUCUGCCCUCAUCAUCCUGGGCUUUGUCAUCAUGUCCCCGCUGCUGGUGGUGGCCAUGGCCAUCUACUGCAGCCUGGCGCGGCGCCUGCAGCUGCUGGUGUGCUUCCAGCCCUACAGCCUGGCCCUCUACAAGGGGGGGCGCUGCUGCCGGGCCGGGGGCUGCAGCCGCCAGCUCAAGGCCUGGGUGUGACCCUGCAGCACCAGCGGGGUCCCCUCCCUGUGCCCCGUCAUCAUCAUCAUCAUCAUCAUCAUCAUCCUCGGCCCUCUGUGGGGAGGUGUCACUGCUCAGCCUGGGCGCUGCUGUGGUGUAUCCCAAAAAAUCCCCCAAAAAUCCCAAAAAUCUGCAAUGGAGUGGAGACACACGUGGGACAGGUGUGGGGUGGGCAGGGCAGCUUCAUCCUCUUAAAUCCCCCUGUGGUUUAUCCCCAAAAUCCCAGGGCAGCUUCAUCCUCCUAAAUCACCCUGUGGUUUAUCCCAAAACUCCCAAGGCAGCCUCAUCUUCCUAAAUCACUCUGAUUUAUCCCAAAAAUCCCCAAAACCUGCAAUGGAAUGGAGACACAGUGUGGGACAGGUGUGGGAUGGGCAGGGCAGCUUCAUCCUUCCAAAUCACCUUCUGGUUUAUCCCAAAAAUCUGCAAUGGAGUGGAAACACACGUGGGACAGGUGUGGGGUCAGCAGGGCAGCUUCAUCCUUACAAAUCCCUCUGUGCUUUAUCCCAAAAAUCCCCAAAAUCUGCAAUGGAAUGGAGACACAGUGUGGGACAGGUGUGGGAUGGGCAGGGCAGCUUCAUCCUCUUAAAUCCCCCUGUGGUUUAUCCCAAAAAUCCCAGGGCAGCUUCAUCCUUCCAAAUCCCCCUGUGCUUUAUCCCAAAAUCCCAAGGCAGCCUCAUCCUCCUAAAUCACUCUGAUUUAUCCCAAAAAUCCCCAAAAUCUGCAAUGGAAUGGAGACACAGUGUGGGACAGGUGUGGGGUCAGCAGGGCAGCUUCAUCCUCCUAAAUCAAGGAAAUCACGCUGUGCUUUAUCCCAAAAAUCCCAAGGCAGCUUCACCCUUCCAGAUCACCCUGUGGUUUAUCCCCAAAAUCCCAGGGAAGCUUCAUCCUCUUAAAUCCCUCUGUGCUUUAUCCCAAAAAUCCCCAAAAUCUGCAAUGGAAUGGAGACACAGUGUGGGACAGGUGUGGGAUGGGCAGGGCAGCUUCAUCCUCCUAAAUCAAGGAAAUCACCCUGUGCUUUAUCCCAAAAAUCCCAAGGCAGCUUCAUCCUUCCAGAUCACCCUGUGGUUUAUCCCAAAAAUCCCAGGACAGCUUCAUCUUCAUCCUCCUAAAUCACCCUGUGGUUUAUCCCAAAAAACUCCAACUGAGUGAAAACACAGCCUGGGACAGGUAUGGGGUGGGCAGGGCAGCUUCAUCCUUCCAAAUCACCUUCUGGUUUAUCCCAAAAAUCUGCAAUGGAAUGGAGACACACGUGGGACAGGUGUGGGGUCAGCAGGGCAGCUUCAUCCUUACAAAUCCCUCUGUGCUUUAUCCCAAAAAUCCCCCAAAAUCUGCAAUGGAAUGGAGACACAGUGUGGGACAGGUGUGGAAUGGGCAGGGCAGCUUCAUCCUCCUAAAUCAAGGAAAUCACCCUGUGCUUUAUCCCAAAAAUCCCAAGGCAGCUUCAUCCUUCCAAAUCCCCCUGUGGUUUAUCCCAAAAAUCCCAGGACAGCUUCAUCUUCAUCCUUCCAAAUCCCCCUGUGGUUUAUCCCAAAAAACUCCAACUGAGUGAAAACACAGCCUGGGACAGGUAUGGGGUGGGCAGGGCAGCUCCACCCCCCUAAACCCUCUCUGCUGUUGGUUUUGGUGUUGGUUUUGGUGUUUUUGGUGUUGUUUUUGGUGUUGUUUUCGGUGUUGUUCCUGCCAUCACUGCCUGCUGUCCCCUUGUCCCCUUCAGAGCCAUUCCCAGUUUUCUGUACAAAUAAAUUUUGUGCCCAAUCCCCCUGA